AUGGAGAGAGAUAAAUACUUGAUGUCCAUGAAGCUCAGACCAGUGGUGAUGAGACAAUCUUCCGACGCGGUUUUGCUCUGGCCAUUUGGAAAAGAGUAUGGCGGUGGAGGUGGUUGCAUGUGGCCGCCUAGGUCCUACACGUGCAGCUUUUGUGGGAGAGAGUUCAAGUCGGCACAAGCACUAGGUGGUCAUAUGAACGUUCAUAGAAGAGACCGAGCUCGUCUUAAACAACAAUCAUUAUCAUCUUCAUCAACUGACCAAACCACGCCUCUUGAUCAGCAAGUGCAAAAACAACACGAAGUUCUUGACGUGGGACCGAAGUUUCAUGUCCAAGAAGAUUCAAGAAAGCCUAAUGGAACUAAGAGAGAGAUAAGUGAUGUUGGUAAUAGUAAUGUUUUAGAAAGUUCUAUGAAAAGAUUUGAGCAUUGCAAUGAUGAAGUUAAGACUGAUUUAUCUAUGGGUUUAUUAAGUUCUGAGUUCCAUACUCGGAAGAAGCAACUAAUCAAUGGAUUUUCGGGGUCCAAGAAGGCAAAGAGUGAUGUUACAAGAUUGCCAAUGAUGUUAGGGUUGGUCAUCGGAGUAUCCAAGAUCAACGGUCAUCACGAGGAGUUGGAUCUUGAGCUAAGGCUAGGAGCUCAUCUGCCAAAGUAG